GCGCUGGGAGGCGGCGGUCGCCGCGGGGCCGGGACUUCCUUCCUCCGCGGGACAACAAAACCCCCGCCGCGGGGGCGCUCCCGGCAGCGGGCCGGCGGGAGGCGCGGCGAUGGGCUCCGUGCUGAGCAGCGACGGCGGCAAGUCCGUGCCCGCCGCGGCCCCCCCGCGGGCCCCGGAGCGCCGGCGGGCCCCCGAGCUGCCCGUCACGUCCUUCGACUGCUCCGUGUGCCUCGAGGUGCUGCACCGGCCCGUGCGGACCCGCUGCGGCCACGUGUUCUGCCGGGCCUGUAUUGCUACCAGCCUGAAGAGCAGCAGGUGGACCUGCCCUUACUGCCGGGCAUACCUCCCUUCGGAGGGCGUGCCAGCCACGGACGUCACCAAGAGAAUGCAGUCGGAGUUCCAGAACUGCGCGGAGUGCGGCACCCUGGUUUGCCUCAGCGAGAUGAGGGCGCACAUAAGAAGCUGUCAGAAGUACAUAGAUAAAUACGGACCACUACAAGAACUUGGGGAGACAGCAGCAAGGUGUGUGUGUCCAUUUUGUCAGAAGGAACUGGAUGAAGACAGCUUGCUGGAUCAUUGUGUUAAUCAUCACAGAUCAGAAAGGAGACUGGUGUUCUGCCCACUCUGCCGUUUAAUACCUACUGAGAACCCAAGCAGCUUCAGUGGCAGUUUAAUAAGACAUUUGCAAGUCAGUCACACUCAGCUCUAUGAGGAUUUCUUAGAUUUUAAUAUAAUUGAGGAAGCUCUUAUCCGAAGGGUAUUAGACCGGUCACUUCUGGAAUAUGUGAGUCACUCAAACACCACAUAAUGUUGUGGAAAGGAGAAGGAAGGAGACCAUACAGUUGCGCCAUUUGUUAAGAUGCUGCUUGAACAGUUGGAGGGGAAUUGUCACUGUUCGAUGGGCAAAAAUGUACAACACAGUUCUAUUGCAUUUUAAAACUGCUUUUAUCUUGAUGGCUUAAAUCUGUUUUACAUUCCUGAGCUUCUUAGACGCUCAACAAACAAAAAUAGUCUCCAUUAGCCCAUUAAAAGGUGAAGGAGAACCUACGGCUGGGAUUUGUGGGUGAAGGAUCUUUAUUUGCAAAUUGGAUGGCAGUGUGUGUAAUGCUCCUUAUUAACAAACGCCGUCAUGGGAGGGCAAGGUAACUGAUCUUUGGUCUAUGUAAAAAGAUGGAAAAUGAAACAAAUUGCGGACGUGCAAGGAAAUAUGAAAUCUGCUUCAAUGCUCAUGUUCUAAUCACUAAUAGAGUAACAUGAAUAACCUUGUAUGGUAGGGAAGGAAAAUGUUGGAAGUCGACGAAGUCCAUUUAACCAAAUUGUAUAACAUAACGUAACAAAAUUAAUUUCACGUUAGGAAUGUAUGCCUAAUUCUUUUACUUUUUAUAA